ACUCUCUCUUUCCAUCCCUCCCCCCUCUUUCUUUCUCUCUCUCCGUAGGUCCACUACAGGCUACAAGUCAGUUAGCCGUUUAGCCAGAACCAUGGAGAGGCUUGGUUUCAGGACCCUGGUCAGCGGCAGAGUUUUGCUGUGUGUGCUUGGUAUCCUGGCCCGGUCCAAGGUUCUUGCGGAGCAGGAGGGAGAGAACCUCUCUGGUCUCUCCACAAACCCGGACAAAGGAAUCUAUGCAGUUCGGGAAAACGGGACGACCUGUCUCAUGGUGGAAUUUGCCGUUCGGUUUGUGGUCCCAUAUGAUGUGCUGGCGCUAAACGGGAUUGACUUGAUCACGGAACAGUCAUAUCUAGCACUGCCUCGUGGCGCGGAGAUCGAGGGAAAGUGCGGGAGCACGGAGGCGGAGAUUCAUAUCUCGUGGAAGAAUAACGCCUACACACUCCGUAUCUACUUCACAAAGGAAUUCCGUGACCAGGAAAAUGAAGUGUGGAAGUUUAGCAAGGUCCAGUUCGUUUAUGACACGUCGGAGACAUCCAAUUUCAUCAACGCAUACAACCCUGGGAAACACACUGCCAACUCCCACCACCUGUCUGCGCUAGUGACCCCUGCUGGCCGCUCGUAUGUCUGCCAGGCCCAGCAGACCCUCACCCUCAUCUCCACCGACCACCAGAAGGGAGUGACGGUUGCCAUGAGCGACAUCCAGAUCCAGCCCUUCGACAUCAACUCUGACUUCAUCUUUAGUGAACCUUUUAAAUGCAUCACUGACCAGAGAGAACGACUGGAGGAAACCCUUCCGCUGGUCCUCGGCUUCAUCCUUUGCCUCAUCAUUGGCAUCACGUUGACCGUCUACCACUUCCACCUCAAACUCACAGCCCAACAACAGCCACAGCUGCCCAGAGACCGCUCCAUGUACAAGAACAUGUAAGCAGCCCGCGCCAGCCUUUUCCAAAGUAAACACGAAAAUGACUGAGCUACUUUCCCACGACAUCAAAGCACAUCUGGGGCAAAAACGUAAGGACGAUGUGGGUCGAAUUCUAGAUUAAGAAGUGACGUAAACGUUCUCGAAAAGUCAGAUGAUUGAUUUGCCUAAAUACGUCGAUGUUUUAUUUUCUUUUGUCAGACAUCUUUGAAUUGCCGAGCAAGCCUGCGCUUUCAUUCUCCUCCAUAACGUGUCCAGUUUUCUCUGACCUCACUGCUAAAUAAUCUCGGUCCAUUAGUCCAUAGUAAUAUAUUUGUGUGAAGUUUUCUUUGUUAAUGUUUUUUGAUUAUUUGUUAUGAAUGCAAUCCUAGUGGUAAAAGUGGACCGUGUUGUGGUGUGCAGGUGUUUUGUACGACCUUCACGAAAUCACGAAAAAGAAAAAUGUUUUUGCUUUG